GCACAAGUUAAUCAUUAACACAAAUAUUAAAAAAGCCGCGGAUACUCCCCCUCGAAGUGUUUUCCGUAAGGGUCGCUUUGCCUGAUCUGGAGGAAACACUUGAUAGUUACUUUUUCGCCUUCCUUAAGGACAUCUUCACAUUUUUUCAUGGAUUUUUUCAUAAGUAUGUCUGAAACGCUAAAAUACAAUGAUGAUGACCAUAAAAGUGUCUUUUUGAAAACACUAAAUGAGCAGCGCCUAGAAGGUGAAUUUUGUGAUAUAGCCAUUGUUGUGGAAGAUGUUAAAUUCAGAGCCCAUAGAUGUGUACUUGCCGCGUGCAGUACUUACUUCAAGAAACUUUUUAAGAAACUGGAGGUUGAUAGUUCUUCAGUAAUCGAAAUUGAUUUCCUGCGAUCGGAUAUAUUUGAGGAGGUUCUAAACUACAUGUAUACAUCAAAGAUUGCUGUCAAAAAAGAAGAUGUGAACCUGAUGAUGUCCUCAGGCCAGAUACUUGGUAUUCGUUUCUUAGAUAAGCUCUGCUCGCAGAAGCGUGAAGUUUCCAGCGUGAAUGAGAAUACGGCCUCCCCCAAAAAUAAAUACAGUUAUGAAACAAGUUUGAAGAUAACUCGUCCAGUUGGUGCAGCUAAUAACCAAGAUGAUGAGGUGGAGGAGAUUGGAGAUCAGGAUGAUAGUCCAUCAGAUGAUACAGUUGAGGGCACUCCUCAAAGCCAUGGGGAGGAGAAGUCUCCUACCUCUACACUGCGAGUUCAGGAGGCAAUUCUCAAGGAACUUGGCAGUGAAGAAGUGCGGAAGGUUAACUGUUAUGGGCAAGAAGUCGAGGCAAUGGAGACAACUGAGCCAAAGGACCUGGGAUCACAAACCCCUCAAACCCUGACAUUUAAUGACAGCAUUAGUGAAGUCAAAGAUGAACAAGCCCCCGCAUGGACAACGGCAACAGGAGAUAUGAAAUUUGAGUAUUUGCUUUAUGGCCACAGGGAACAAUUUGCUUGCCAAGCAUGUGGCAAAACAUUUACAGAUGAAGCACGUCUAAGAAAACAUGAGAAGUUACACACAGCAGAUAGACCAUUUGCCUGUGAUAUGUGUGCCAAGGCAUUUACAACCCAAGCACACCUGAAGGAACAUUUGAAAAUUCACACGGGGUAUAAGCCUUACAGUUGUGAGGUGUGUGCAAAGUCUUUUAUUCGGGCUCCAGAUCUCAAAAAGCACGAACGUGUCCACAGCAAUGAGAGACCAUUUGCAUGUCAUCUUUGUGAUAAGGCAUUCAAGCAUAAAUCUCAUUUGAAAGACCAUGAAAGAAGACACAGGGGUGAGAAACCUUUUAUUUGUGCAUCAUGCACCAAAGCAUUUGCCAAGGCCUCAGACCUAAAACGCCAUGAAAACAAUAUGCAUAGUGAGCAACGCAAACAAGUCACAACGAGUGCCAUACAGAGUGAGACUGAGCAACUGCAGGCAGCAGCAAUGGCAGCCGAGGCAGAACAGCAACUUGAAAGUAUUGCCUGCAGUUAAACAAAAUAUUCAGUGUUCCAUUAUUUAUCAAUCAAUGUUAUCAUUUAAACCCUUGUAUUUUGCACCUGCUAAUGGUUUAAACUUGCACUCAAAAUGUCCCAUACAGAGAGAAAUGAAAGUCAUAUGUUAAUAGCAUCACUGGUGUGAAAAAACAAAACAACCAAAAUGAUAUUGGUUCAACUUUUUACCUUGCGUAUUGUAUAUACUUUGUUUAAAAUCCAAUUAUGAAUUAAAAAUUUAAUAUUCAUUAUUAAAGGAUAUUG